GCGUGCUGCCCGGGAUGCUGCAGAUGUCGACGACGAACGAGGCUCCCCUCCGCGAUGGCGCUGACGUACUGCGGCGCGCGCGACGCCAGUACCGCACGACCUGGGCGUGAGCGUCCGCGGGAAGUGCAGCACCGGGGUUAUGAAAGAGUGUGGGGGACGUGCGCGCCGAGACGUUGUGUGUGUAGAAGAUCUCGUUUGCUGGAAGACGCCAGACUCACCUCUAGAGCGUGCUCGGCAUAGGUGUACCUCAGUUCAGAUGAGGAGCACGGUGGACCCACAGCAUAUGCUGGGGGAACGACGGGUGUGGCGAG